CUAUCACAACGGGGUAGAGAGUUUUAAAAAUACACAUUAAGUCAUUAUUUUAAAACUGUCUAUUUCCCCAGUUUUUGUGCGCGUGUGCGUGCUUGCAGCUCCAUCGAGGCUGCAGCACCGGUGGCACCCAGAAGUGAACAAAGCGACCCGGAAGCGUUGCUCGAACUGGAGGCAGGCAGAAAGAACAACCAGCCUUUUUUUCCUCCUUUUUCUUUUUUUUGGUGUAUAUGAAAGCUGUGCUCGCAAGACAACACCUGCAAUCAGGACCAAAGGAUGGCAGAGCCUCGAUUUAACAACCCUUAUUUUUGGCCACCACCGCCAUCCAUGCCUGGCCAGCUGGAUAACCUGGUGCUCAUCAACAAGAUCAAGGAGCAACUGAUGGCCGAGAAGAUCCGACCCUUGCAUAUGCCCCCUACCUCCACCCCUUCCCAGCAACCUCUGUUGGUGCCCACCUCAUCCUCGGAAGAUGCCGGCUCCCAGCAUGGCAUGCCGGGUCCCAAGCCACAGCUGCCGGGCCACCACCCGCCGCAGCAGUCUGACAUCACUCUCCACGCUCGUUCAGGUUCCAGCUCUGGACCAGAUGGAAGUAUGGACGAGAAGUUGGCUGUGAAGGCCAAAGGGUUAUGGGAGGACUGGCACAUGAGGACACUGAGUGAGCAGCACGCCCGCGCCAACCAUCGCUCAGGUCCAGCUCCUUCAUCCCGACCCGAAAGCCACAGCACCUCCGAGGCCCAAACCCCCACGACGCCAACCUCCAGCAGCCAAAACCGCCUGGGUGGCGCCCCCUCUCUCAACAUUAUCUCCGGGCUGGCGAGUGGUCCUGGCAUGGACCACAUGAAGGUUGGAGGCCUGGCAGGACUAUUGGGCCCCCCACCCAAGGCACCACGGGGGCGAAAGAAGAUUAAAGCUGAGAACGCGUCAGGUCCUUUGCUGGUGGUCCCUUAUCCUAUUCUGGCAGACCAAGGCUGUGUCACCGUGGCACCCAAAGAGGGCAAAACAUACAGGUGCAAAGUGUGCCCACUCACCUUCCUCACCAAGUCCGAGAUGCAGAUCCACUCCAAGUCUCAUACGGAGGCCAAAGCACACAAGUGCCCCCACUGCUCCAAGACAUUCGCCAACGCCUCGUACCUGGCCCAGCACCUGCGUAUCCACCUGGACAUUAAACCGUAUCACUGCUCCUACUGCGACAACUCUUUCCGCCAGCUCUCACAUCUGCAGCAGCACACCAGAAUCCACACCGGCGACCGGCCUUAUAAAUGCGCUCACUCCGGAUGUGAAAAAGCUUUUACGCAGCUGUCCAAUCUCCAGUCUCACCAGAGGCAACACAAUAAAGACAAGCCGUACAAAUGUCCCAACUGCUACCGUUCCUACGCCGACUCGGCAUCGUUGCAGAUCCAUUUGUCGGCGCACGCCAUCAAAAACGCCAAGGCCUACUGCUGUAGCAUGUGUGGCCGGGCGUACACCUCGGAGACCUACCUUAUGAAGCACAUGUCCAAACACACGGUGGUGGAACACCUAGUGAGCCACCAGUCCCCCCAGAGGACCGAGUCCCCCACUAUCCCCAUACGGAUCUCCCUUAUCUGAGCUGCCUGGCGCAGUGUAUCGGAUCUGUUCAGGGUCCAUGUUCGGCGCGAGCCUCACAGGCCCCGCACCUGCGGUCAUCUACGUAAGGCUUACAUUAGCAUUAUGACAGCCGACGUAUGCGUUCAGUGCUCGAGUCGGCAACAGGGGGCGCCAUUUAGUGAAUGUAACAAUACCGGGAGAUGUUGUCCUGAGGACAGGGGAGUGGCGAAGAAGGUCUUGUGUUCGAUUUAAUCAGCACUUUCCUAAGCGUCAUGGAAACAGCCUGCACCUGUUUUUGCAAAGAGUAGAUGAUUCUUUAUGAAUCAGAUAAAUUGGCCAUCAAAAUAUAUGCUUUUUUUUUUCUUUUCUUCAUCCUCCUCCUCCUCCUUUGAUGGGAUUUGUAGGUGUGCCGGAUAAUUAAUUCCUCUCCCAGAAAAAGAAUUGAUCAAGUUGUUUGCUGGGUGUGUUCUGGAGACAUCCAAAGAGAAUCUUGAAGCACUUUGUAGGUCUCGUUGCUUUGGCCCAAAUUGUUGAAAUCGUAUUGGUUGGCACAACGCCAAAGGGCAUUCAUGAUCUGUGGCAGCUAGGAGCAGUGACGGAUGGUGUCGAGAGAAGAAAAAAACAAAACAGGCUACUGUGGUUACUGUUGUUUGUUUCACUCACAUGGUUGUUCAAGAACACGCUGACAGGGUCGUUGAAAUUUCGAGAGGCAAUCAUAGAUGACAAUGAAGGCAUUUAUUGAUUGUAUUGUUUUAUUCAUGCGAGGAGGGAAGGAGUACAGACGCGUAAAAGGGAAGCAAAGUUCUCGCCUGCACCUCAAUCCUUCACUCCCUCUUUGAUGGCACCUUGGUGAUCACGUCACAUGAUCACAGGAACACCGCUUUUCAUAACCCCCCCCCCCCCCGCCCCGCCUUUCCCACUUCCUGCAAACUGGUGCCAUACGUUGAAAGCCAAUCUUGAAAUGUAAAGCUUUACAGGUAUUAGUUGCUGUACACUUAAAUUUGUGCGAGGUCUAAUCAGCCGUUAGCGUUACCACCCUUACUAAAAACAAUCUAGAUACAACUCAAGGCUACACUUAAGUUUUACAUGAGUAGCGAGCAUUAACUCUAACCAUUGGACCAAAGUGUACAGUAUUGAGUCAGGCUUUUGUCAAAAGCUUCACGCGCAAGGAAUGAACCGCAAGAUAAACAUCCACGAUGCUUACAAUUUGUCCGGAACGUCUUCACUGCGCUUCACUUUUCCCACGUUUUACGAUACAGCCUUAUUACAAAUUUGAAUCACUUCCUUUUGUUCUUCAAUUCUACACCCAUAAUGACAACACCCUUUUUUUUUUUUUGCCAAAGAAAUCAGACGAGCAUUCACAGCCGUUGCUCAGUACAUUGUGGAGACAAGUCUUUUUGAACGUGAUGCCACAAGCCUUGGCACACCUACUGUAUGUUUGGGCAGUUUCGCCCAUUCCUCUUUGCGACUCCUCCAAAGUACCAUCAGGGUGGAUGAGGAGAGCCCGUGCGCAGCCAUUUUCAGAUCUCUCGCUAUGCAAUCAGAUCCAAGUCUCGGUUCUACCUUGGCCACUCUAAGAUAUUCAUAGAGUGUGUCCUGAAGCCUUUGAUUUCUUGACUGUGUGGUCGGGGGUUGUCCUGCUGAAAGCUGUGAAUUAUCAACCCCAGCGCGAGGUCAAAAGUGCACCGGAGUAGGUUUUUUUUUUUUUUUUUUUUUGGACGUUGUCGAAAUCAGUUUUUGCUCAGUUCUGACUAGUCUCCCCGCUAUUUCCGCUGAAAAGGCAUUUCCGAUCUCAUACGGUAAUAGCAAGUAAAGAUUUGGGCGCAGUUGGCACACUCUGACGGCGACGAUCGUAGCCGCUCUGUUGUAAGACCAACGAAUCCCAAUGAUUCGGAAACAUUGCUUUACCGAACUGAGAAUGGAACUGAUCGGUUCAUGAAGCCAUUCAAUCAUCUCGUUCACUCCAAAGAUU